CGGCGAUUCACCGGCGAAGGCAAGGGCGAGCGGACCGGCUCCACCUCUCCAGCCUCCAGGACUCCAACUCGCCCACGCCCAGCCCAGGAAUACCCACCACCAUUUUCCUGGAGCCGCCGUUGCCUAGGAUCGUCGUAGUCAUCGGGGAUGAGCGCCUCGAGCUUGUCAUAGUCAUAAUCAAUCCCGCUAGGGAGGGGGCCUUCACGAAUUUCACCAUCUGGAUUCUUCUAUGGUACCAGGAGGUAGUCAGGAGAAAGGAAGAUGGUGUUCGGACAGGUGGUGAUCGGGCCACCAGGCUGCGGCAAGACCACCUACUGCAACGGCAUGUCCCAGUUCCUCUCCCUCAUCGGAAGGAAAGUUUCAGUUAUCAAUCUCGACCCUGCGAACGAUGCAUUGCCAUAUGAAUGUGCCAUCAACAUUGAGGACCUCAUAAAACUUAGCGAUGUCAUGUCUGAGCAUUCGCUUGGUCCUAAUGGAGGGCUUGUGUAUUGUAUGGAUUACUUGGAGAAGAAUAUUGACUGGCUUGAAGAAAAGUUGAAACCUCUUAUUGAAGAUCACUAUCUGCUAUUUGAUUUCCCGGGGCAAGUGGAACUUUUCUCCCUUCACACGAAUGCAAGGAACAUCAUCAAUAAACUCAUCAAAAAGCUAAAUUUGCGGCUUACUGUUGUGCACCUUGUUGAUGCCCAUUUAUGUUGUGAUCCUGGGAAGUAUGUGAGUGCUUUGCUGCUUUCACUAUCAACAAUGUUACACUUGGAGCUAUCGCACAUCAAUGUUUUGUCAAAGAUUGACCUCAUUGAGAACUAUGGAAAUUUAGCGUUCAACCUUGACUUCUACACUGAUGUGCAAGACCUGUCCUAUUUGCAACACCAUCUUGAUCAAGAUCCUCUUUCUGCUAAGUACAGGAAACUUACGAAAGAGCUAUGUGAUGUGAUUGAUGAUUUUAGCUUAGUCAAUUUUACAACUUUGGACAUCCAGGACAAGGAAAGUGUGGGUAAUCUUGUGAAGUUGAUUGACAAGAGCAAUGGCUAUAUAUUUUCAACUAUAGACAGCAGUGCCGUUGAGUUUAGCAAAAUUGCAGCUGCACCUCUUGACUGGGAUUACUACAGAACAGCAGCAGUGCAGGAGAAGUACAUGAAAGACGACGAGGUCGUGGAGAAAACAAGCAGGAUGCAAUGAGGUCGAUGCUCGCUGAUGCCAGCUGCUAAUUAAACAUGUCACUGUGGCGUAUACAGAUGGCUCGUGUUUACUAUGACAAUGUGGAUUGCUUACACCCAGUUGUAGGUGUUAUUUGGAGUUUUUUUGCUAGUCUCUGUAUGUGUAGAGUUCUGCCAUCAUCUGUGAGGUGAAGAUGGUAUGCCGUGAAACUAUAUGUGAAUGAGUACUUGUUUCUCCUAACUUGCUGAUCUCUACUCUCUAGUAUGUAGGGCUAGUAAAAACUUCCAGUUCAGCAGUACCUGUACCUUCGUCAUGUAGCUGCACAGACCAAAUAUAACUCGGUCGUGUGUUGUAUGUUCCACAGCUCCAGCA